CCGCUCUCCCUUCCGCCUGCGACGCGCGCUGUCGGUCGAGCCGGUGUAUGUGCGGCAAUAGCAUGUCUGCCCCGCUCCCCGCCAUCGUGCCCGCCGCCCGGAAGGCCACCGCUGCGGUGAUUUUCCUUCAUGGAUUGGGAGAUACAGGGCAUGGAUGGGCAGAAGCCUUUGCAGGUAUCAGAAGUUCACAUAUCAAAUAUAUCUGCCCACAUGCACCAGUUAUGCCUGUAACAUUAAAUAUGAACAUGGCUAUGCCUUCUUGGUUUGAUAUUAUUGGGCUUUCACCAGAUUCACAGGAGGAUGAACCUGGAAUUAAACAGGCAGCAGAAAAUGUAAAAGCUUUGAUAGAGCAAGAGGUGAAGAAUGGCAUUCCUUCUCACAGAAUUAUUUUGGGAGGAUUUUCUCAGGGAGGAGCUUUGUCUUUGUACACUGCUCUUACCACACAGCAGAAACUGGCAGGUGUCACUGCACUCAGCUGCUGGCUUCCACUGCGGGCUUCGUUUCCACAGGGUCCUAUCAGUGGCGUUAAUAGAGAUAUUUCUAUUCUCCAGUGCCAUGGAGAUUGCGACCCUUUAGUUCCUCUAAUGUUUGGUUCUCUUACUGUUGAGAAGCUAAAAACAUUGGUAAAUCCAGCCAAUGUAACCUUCAAAACCUAUGAAGGCAUGAUGCACAGUUCAUGUCAACAGGAAAUGAUGGAUAUCAAGCAAUUCAUUGAUAAACUCCUACCUCCAGUUGAUUGACGUCAUUAAGAGGCCUUGUGUAGAAGUACACACCAGCAUCACUGUAGUAGAGUAUGAACCUUUUCCUGUGCCCCAUCUUGAAACUUCUAAUGUUUGCAGUGUUAAAAUGUUUUGCAAAUACACACCAAUGACACAGACUAGAUAAUAUCUACUCGUGGGAAAUUUGUGAUCUUUUAAGUUUCUAUACAUGUAUUUGUAUAAUAUGAUCCAGAAUAUACUAGUAUUAAAGUAGCUGAAGCAGCUAGCUUCUUUUUCCCACAUGUAAUUCAGCAAAAUAAUAAAAUACUGCAACCAGAUUUUUAUUACAUCAUAUGAAAAUUAUUAGUAUGCUUAAUGAAAAUUUGUUCAGGUAUAAAUGAGCAGUUAAGCUAUAAACAAUUUGUGCAUGCUGUGACUCAGUAUAUGGACUUAUUCCAAAAUUACUCAGUCACCAUGCAGUAUCUGUAUUUUUAUAUAUGUAUUCAUAUAUACUUAACGGUUGUAAUACAUCAGAAUGAGAUGUUAUUACAUUAUUCCUAAUAAUAGGGAUAAUGCUUCUAAGUAUCAAUAAAGAAGAAUAUUGCUCUCUUCAAUUAAUGACCCUUUUAUAUUGGGGACCAGGCUUUUCUUUCCCUGUUAUCAUUUCUAUUUAAAUUUUUUUCCUCUCUAGAAAAGAAAUGUGCUCUUUCUUCUUUUUCAUCCUUCAUAACAGACCACAUAUUGCCUCCUUGCCAUAGACAUCUGCUGUCAAUACAUACUGUAAUUUGACAUUCUGAAUCACAGACACGGUGAUAUUUAAAAUGUAUUUAUACUUAUAUAAAGAAAUCAGACAUCACUUCAAACUUCCUACACUACUUUCUUAAACUCUACUUUAGUCCAAAGUUAGACCUAUUUAGUUAUCAGAAUCUUCAGUCCAGGUAACAGGAAUAAUUCUGUGGUUGUAUUUUUCUGUAAUUAACUGAAAGAAUAAUUAGCUCAUAUUCUAGUAUGUUCUGGAAUAUUUAAGACUGAUCUUAAAAACUGUUAAUUUCUAAGAUGAUUCUCCUUGUAGCAUGGAGUUUUAGUUUACUUAUUUUGUACAUAGGUUUGAAACCAACUACUGUAGGAAAUGAGCAAUCCAUUGGAAAAAUUUGCUUUAUUUUUAUCUGCCAGUGGACUUAUUUGAAAUUUUCACUUUAGUCAGAUGAUUUUUUUAAAUUAAUUUUUGUGCGAACAUGAGUAGCAAUUAUUUGAUUUUAAAUAAAAUUUUUCAGAUUAUUGGUAAAAAUUAUAUGAAAAAUUAAUGUGUAAUAAAGGUUAGUCAGAACUCAAUAUAUAUGGUGUAGUUACCACACAGUUUAAUAUGUAGCAAAAAUGUACACUUGAUAUUUCUGAACUGUUGUUAAUUUUUCUGCUGUAUUCCAACUGACUAAAACAAUGUUAGGAAUGCUUCUUUAUAAAUGGGUGCUAAUUGAUAAUGGAAAUAAUUUACUAAUGGACUAUAUAGAAUGUUAAUAAUGAAGCCAUAUGUUUAUGUCUGGAUUUAAAAUUUUUAAACAAUCAUUUAUUAAGUCAUGUUGCUUUACCUUGAAGAAUAUAAACUGUUGUUUCAGUAUACAAAUCAGCAAGAUCUAAUUUAUGGCAAGAAAUAUUCCGUUGAAAUGUUGUGCUGUAAUGUGGGGAAAAUGUAAAUCUUUUUCACAGUUUCUAUCAAUGUGAAAUAAAAUUUAAUUCUGA